AUGGACAAAUUAUAAUACUACUUUAUAAUAUACUUCUAAGAAAGUUGAUAAAAUUGCAAUUUCUAGAUAAAUCGGGGGUCCUGUAUAAUAUUAAAAACCUCAAAAUUGUUAUAAGCCACGAUUAAAUUAAAAAAUUAUUUCAUUAAUUUUAUUUAUUUAACCUGCAAUGUCAGAGAAACAAAAAACACUCGUCUGUGGCGACGUGAAUGGAAAUUUUAACGCACUGUUUUCCCGCGUUGAAACUAUUGUCAAAAAAUCGGGCCCGUUCGAUGUGUUGUUAUGUGUGGGAAACUUCUUUAAGGAUGAUAAUUCAGAACUUGAUGCGUACAAAAUGGGCACACGAAAAGUUCCUGUUACAACAUAUGUAUUUGGACCUUCUAAUAGUGAUCACAUACAAUUUUAUCCUGAUGAGGGAUCCGACAUAGCCCCCAAUAUAAUUUACAUGGGAAGAAGAGGUAUUUUCACCACCAGUAUGGAUGUGAAAAUUGCAUACUUAUCAGGACUAUCAAGAAGAGAACUUGGUAAGGAUAUUCCAAUGUGUACCUUUGAGCCAAGUGACUGCAGUGCAGUAAGAGAUGCCUGUUUUAGAGGGCAGGCUGAAUUUAGAGGUGUUGAUGUAUUAAUAUCUACGUUAUGGCCAGCUGGUAUUCAACAAGAUGAAACUCAAAAGGUAGAUGUCCAGGAGGACCGUCUUUCAGAUUUACUAUCAUGGCUCUCUAUUCAUAUAAAACCUAGAUACCACUUUGUACCAUCGGUGGACAAAUAUUAUGAAAGACAACCAUAUAGAAACCAAAGUGUGCACCAAGAUUAUAGAGAAUGCGCGACAAGGUUUAUAGCUUUAGCACCAGUGGGCAACAAAAUGAAGGAGAAAUGGAUAUAUGCUUGUUCCUUACAACCUAUAUCGAAAAUGCGUAUGACAGAUCUCCUGCAAGCAACAACUGAUGAAACACCCUGUCCAUAUGAUCCAGAGUUAUUAAAACAACAUCAGCCAGGAAAAGUGGUUAAGUUUUCAGGUAAUGGCCAGUACUUUUUCAAUAUGGAUGCAACAGAUGAUGAUCAUGGAAAAAGGAAAAGAAAAGGUGGAGACAACCCAGAGAGAAAGAGAAAAGAAUUUGACCCAGAUACUUGCUGGUUUUGUUUAUCUUCGCCUACUGUAGAAAAACAUUUGGUCAUAAGUGUUGGUACUCACUGUUACUUAGCGUUAGCUCGAGGUCCAUUGACGCCCUACCAUACUCUUAUAUUGCCUAUUGCUCAUCAUCAGGCGUUAACAAGAGCUCCAGAUGAAGUUAUAGAAGAAAUUAAAUUAUUUAAGAAAGCACUGACAGACUUUUUUAACACAAUGAAAAUGGAUGUGGUGUUUUAUGAACGCAACUACCAUACAACACAUAUGCAGAUACAGGUGGUGCCUGUGCCAAAGGAAUGCUCUUUACAAAUAUUGGAAGUAUUUCAGGACGAGGCUGGCAUCAACAGUAUUCAAAUGGAAGUUCUACCACCAUAUACUGAAAUAAACCAGGUGACGUUGCCUGGAGCACCGUAUUUCCAUGCAGAAUUACCAACUGGCGAGCAGUUGUACGCCAAACCAAAGAAAAAUUUCCCACUGCAAUUCGGAAGGGACGUUUUAUCAAGCCCGCCUAUAUUAAAUUGUGACGACAAAGCUGACUGGCGACAGUGUCUACUCAGUCGAGAGGAAGAAAUAUCACACGUGAAUAACUUUAGAGAAAAGUUCCGUCCAUUCGAUUUUACAGCCGACGUGGAUAGCGAUAGCGACUGAAUGCUCCACUGCUUCGCUGCUAUUUCUUCGCUUUGAAGUGUUUGAAAAUAAGCUUGUAUAUAUGUACUAAAAUUGAUAUUAGUUUAAAGCAAAAUACCAGUAUGAAUUUUCAAAUUUAGAAAAUUUAUUAGAACUUUUCUGCAACUGGGCGAGUCAGUUUCUACUAUUUUCUAUACAGCAGCACAAUAAGUUUGUAGAUUUCUUUAAUUUCAUUGUAAUGUAAAAGAAUAUGUAAUAUUUUUAUAUAAAUAAGCUAAAUGCAAUAAAGCGUUCAAGAUCUUC